AAUUAUGAAAAUAAUUGAAGAUGAAGAUUUGUGAGUUCGGUUAAAGCCUUGUACUCAAACUCUCCAACAAUUCACUUUUUCAUCGGAAUCAUAUUCUCUCCUUUCCAUUAAACAAAUAAAUAAUUAUUAUGAUAUACUAUCAUUUCAGUUCUGAGUGAAUUGAAGAAAAAGAAGAAGAAGAAAAAGAAGAAGAAGUGCAUUUGAUUUGUUUGUCUGUGCUAGAAAUGGAGAAAGUCAGAAGAGCAUCUCACGCUGGUUCUUGGUACUCUGAUAAUCCAAAAAAAUUAGCAGAGGAGUUAGAUGAAUGGCUUAUAGCUUCUGGCAUCCCUAAAUCUCCAGAUGUGAGAGGUGUUAUUGCACCUCAUGCAGGUUAUUCAUAUUCAGGACGUGCAGCAGCUUAUGCAUUUGGGAACAUUGAACCGAGUAAUAUUUCCCGGGUUUUCCUUCUUGGUCCAUCUCACCACUAUUACACUCCAAAAUGUGCUCUUUCAAAAGCUACUAUUUACAGUACUCCGGUUGGGGACUUGCCUAUAGAUGUUGAAGUCAACGAAGAACUAAAAGCCACAGGGAAAUUUGAACUAAUGGAUCUUCGAGUGGAUGAGGCAGAGCACAGUAUGGAAAUGCACCUUCCAUAUCUUGCUAGAGUCUUCCAUGGAUACAAAGUAAAAAUUGUUCCAAUCUUGGUUGGUGCUCUGAAUGCUGAAAAUGAAGCUUUAUAUGGUAGAUUGCUGGCCAAAUAUUUGGAUGACCCCACUAAUUUCUUUUCUGUGUCCUCGGACUUUUGCCACUGGGGAUCGCGGUUUGAUUACAUGCAUUAUGACAAGAAACAUGGUGCUAUUCAUAAAUCUAUUGAGGCACUGGACAGGAUGGGCAUGGACAUAAUUGAAACUGGCGAUGCAGAAUCUUUUAAAAAAUAUCUGUUGGAGACCGAAAACACUAUAUGUGGACGCCAUCCAAUAAGUGUAUUUCUUCAUAUGCUAAAGAACAGCUCCACAAAGAUAAAGAUCAAUUUCCUUCAGUACGAACAGUCAAGUCAGUGCAAAAGCACCAGAGACAGUAGUGUCAGUUAUGCAUCUGCAGCUGCAAAGGUGGAGGGAUGAAUUUGUGAUGUAAAAAUUAGCUGCAAAUUGGGAUCGUCAGAAUCAAAAUGUUUAACUUCUAUUGUUAUAUUCUGAACUUGUUAAUGGAAUGUGUCAUCAACAAAGACUUCUGCACAAUUGCUUAUUUCUGUCGUGUAAUAAUGUUACAAUGGAUGAUUAUGUUGAAUCUGUAA